CGUGUUCAAUUCAUUAUUCGAGAUACUUGCCACCCCCCCCAAAUUACUACUAGACACACUUGUACCCCUAAAUUACAAUUUUCAUUCCUCUUAUUCCUUUAUUACGUCCGUCUUUCUCCACCCAAUCAGCCCUGGCCUGCACGUGGUAAUUUCCUAAAAUCUACGGCAACCCGACACGGCCGUUUUUUGCGAACAGCGCCCAGAGGUACGGGGGUACAUAGGGGGAUAAGGGAUAGGAUAGAGAUCGCCACAGGCCAAAUUUACAGCCGCCUUCAAGAGAGAUACGGGAGAGCUAUCGCUAUAAUCGCAAGAAAAGAAGGAGCAAAUUUCAUUACCUCCACGACGUACAUACUACCACCACCACCACAUAUGCCAUACACACACUGAGGACAGACAAGAAUACCACCUCCCAGCAACAGCAGCUAUCCCCCAUCCCUCCGCGCUGCCGUGACACAUCAACCAAUCACUCGCCGGCCGGCCAGAGGCCACGAACGCCAUUGAGGCCAGCCAGUCUCCAAACCUCACCUCGGCCACAGCACACUACACUCUACGCCUCCCUCCUCCACCUCACCCCACACGUCCACCAUGGCCGUCUCAACCUCCAUCCAAGACCGCACGUCGGAAUUCCACUCGGUCCUCACGCAGGUCCAGAAGCAGCGGCACUCGAACAAGAUAGGCGCGCAGCGGCAGUCGCUGCUCAGCAACGCCCAGAAAGCCGAUAAUGCGCCUGCGAGCGCGGAGAAGCCAAGGCGAUCGGAGUUUGCAAGGCGUGCGGCGGAGAUCGGGCGUGGGAUCUCGGGGACGAUGGCGAAGCUUGAGAAACUCGCUCAGCUCGCAAAGCGCAAAACCCUCUUCGACGACCGGCCCCUCGAAAUCAACGAGCUAACCUACAUAAUCAAACAAGACCUCUCCUCGCUCAACACCCAAAUCUCCUCCCUCCAAACCCUCACCCGCGUGCAAAACCCCUCCGCCGCGCCCCAACAAACCGAGCACGCCAAGAACGUCGUCUUCCUGCUGCAGGGAAAACUCACCGACGUAUCCGCCAACUUCAAAGACGUGCUAGAACUCCGCACCCAGAACAUCCGCGCCUCAAGAUCCAGGACUGAGAAUUUCGUGUCAGCGGUUUCCUCGCAUGCCUUGCCGACGGAGGGACAAUCCGCAUCCCCCCUCUACUCCACCCCCGCGCGCGGCUCCCCGGCACCCCCCUACAACCCCGCCCUAGGAGGCGGCAGCGGCUCGCAAGACCUCCUCACCCUCAACCCAGUAGGCGACCAACAGCUCCUCAUGAUGGAAGAAGCGCAGCCGCAGCACGCGUACAUCCAGCAGCGCGGGGAAGCGAUCGAGGCGAUCGAGCGGACGAUUUCGGAAUUAGGAGGGAUUUUUGGGCAGUUGGCCGGGAUGGUGAGCGAGCAGAGCGAGAUGAUUCAGAGGAUCGAUGCGAAUACGGAGGAUGUGGUGGAUAAUGUGCAGGGGGCGCAGAGGGAGUUGUUGAAGUAUUGGGGGAGGGUUAGUGGGAAUCGGUGGUUGGUGGCGCAGAUGUUUGGGGUGUUGAUGGUUUUCUUUUUAUUAUGGGUCCUGGUAGCCGGCUAGCCAUCUCCCCUUACAAACACAACGACACGACGUCUCCCCAAUUUCCUUAUUCCCCCAUUUCCGUCCAAUUUUCCCUUAAUCCGGCGCAGAGAAAUAAAUCAGGGGCACCACAGCAGCAACAGCAUGUAUGAAUGAGUGAGUGGGCAAAGGAGAUAGACCUUGUUUCGUCCUGAGGCGCAGAGUAGAGAGAGAGAGAGAGAGCAUUUGUUUUGUGGCGGUACUGUAAUAACAGCGAGAAAGACGCGAUCGAAUACCAUAGAGAGAUGGAUGGGGGAGGAGUAGUGAUUCAUAGGUGUGAAUACUACAUACAUUAAUAACUGUUCAUUGAUCUGUUCGAU